AAAAAAAAUAUUAAUAAUAAUAAUAAUGGCUUCAAAUUCCUCUCUCUUAUGUUUUUUCUUUUGUUUUCUCUUUCUUUGUCAUAUCACUGCCGCUCAGGUAUUUGAGCGACAGCAGAUAUUCCCAACACCGCAGAACUUGCGGCAGCAUAAGGCAUUCAGGUCCAAGACCGAGUGCCAGAUCGAGCAUCUGAACGCUCAGGAACCUAAUCGCAGGUUCGAGGCUGAGGCCGGAGUUGUAGAGUUUUGGGAUGCUACCCAAGAACAAUUUGAGUGCGCCGGAGUUCAAGCCGUUAGGCAUGAGAUCCGGCGCAACGGGCUUUUGUUGCCUUACUAUAGCAACACUCCCCAACUCAUCUAUAUCGUGCAAGGAAGUGGAGUUUUUUCAACCGUAUUUCCCGGCUGCGCCGAGACAUUUGAAACCGAGUUUUCACAAUCGAGGCCGACAAGAGAGCGGAGACAUGUCGAUCGUCACCAGAAAGUUAGGCGAUUUAGGGCGGGCGAUAUACUUGCAUUGCCUGCCGGAGUUACUCAUUGGACAUAUAAUGAUGGUGAAGAACCUAUUAUUAGUGUCUCACUUAUUGACACUUCUAAUAAUGCCAAUCAACUCGAUCUCACCUUCAGGAAAUUCUUCCUAGCUGGAAAUCCUCAACAGGGAGUACAACAACAAAUAUUAGGAAGACAACAAGAGGAAACAAGCCAAUUUGGAACAAGAGGCUCAGAACAAGAGAGUGGAGGCAACAUGUUAACCGGUUUCGACGCUCAACUUCUCUCUGAGGCAUUCAACGUCGACUUUGAGAUGAUAAGAAAGCUCCAGGAACAAGCGCCCGAGAGGGGAGCCAUCAUUCGCGCUGAGAACCUACGGUUCCUCAUCCCAGAAGAAUCAGAAGAACAAGAACAAGAACAAGAACAAGAACAAGAACAAGGCGAAUGUGGUAGAAAAAGAGGAUAUCCUCUUAAUGGAUUGGAACAAACUUUUUGCACAAUGAAGUUGAGGCAAAACAUUGGUCAUCCUACUAGGACUGAUGUGUACAAUCCACGUGGUGGACGUAUAGCCACGGCCAAUAGCAACACUCUACCUGUCCUUAACUAUCUCCAGCUCAGCGCGGAGAGGGGUACCCUCUAUAGGAAUGCUAUCGUGGCGCCACACUGGAACAUGAAUGCUCACUCAGUCAUCUACAUCAUACGUGGAAGCGGUCGGUUCCAAGUGGUAGGGAAUGCAGGAAGGUCCGUGUUCGAUGAUGAGGUUAGGCAAGGGCAACUAAUCGUUGUGCCUCAAAACUUCGCGAUUGUGAAGAAGGCAGGGGAGCAAGGGCUCGAGUACAUCGCUUUCAAGACCAAUGACAACGCGAUGGUUAGCCAAUUAGCCGGGCGGUUAUCGGCUAUUCGAGCCAUGCCAGAGGAAGUCCUCAUGAACUCAUAUCAAAUUUCUAGGCAAGAGGCAAAGAGCUUGAAGUAUAAUAGGGGUGAGCUUAGUGUUUUUGGUCCAAGUAGGUCUAAGAGGCAAUAUGCCUAAAAUGAAAAAUGUAACAUUACGCUAAAAAAAAAAUAAAAAAAAAUCAAAUAAUGUAAUGUCAUAAAGUCCUAUCUUUAAUGUUAGGAUUUUGUAUGUUGAGCGAAUAAUAAUGAAAAAAAAAAAAAAAUUGCCUAGUAAAAGGCAGUUCUGAAGUUA